UGUGGGAUAUGUUCUAAAUCCAAAACGACUUUGAAGAAGUAUAUUUAGCAACUAGGUUGUUUAUUUUGCAGAACAAGACGAAUUCAGUGUUGAUUGGCGGAUUACCUGUGUUAAUUGUACAGUCUAUAGGACUGUCAGUGUAAACAACCUUCUCGGAGUCCUUCAAAAUUGUCGACAAAGGUAAUUUGGGGAGCGAAACGGAGGUCUUCACGUCUGUGGUUUGACAGCUGAUUUUUCCAUGGCUGUUCUCUACACUCUUGAGGAAAAGGACAUGAAAUUCGUCGAAGAUUCAACAACAGAACAAGUUGUCCUUGACAGAAGCAAGCACAAACUUUCUCCACUACCGCCGUGUUUUAGUAUAACGAACUUAUUACUCACUACGCCCUGUCACUUGUGUUGUUAAACAGGAAGAGAUUUGUUUGUAAUCGUCCUUUGGGAUUUCACAAUAAUACGAAAUUGAAAGAACUGAUUUUUGUUGGUAAAUUUAGACCAGCACUCGAAAACAGUUGCCUUCGGAGAUUGGAUUUGCUAUUAACUUGACAGCCAUGAAGUUGUUGGAAAAUUCAAGAUUUGAAGCGGUCAAUUCUGCUCUUGCAAUUGAGCUUGAGAAUUGCAGAAUUGAUGGCAGGAUCGAGAGUUAUUCCUGUAAGAUGGCAGGGAAUGACAAACGUUUGUUCAAGCUCUUGUCAAGUGAAGCAAAUGAAGGAGGAAAUGCAACAGGCGGGCUCCAGGCCUUGUCUCCUCCACAGAGCACUCUGUCACACAGCCCUGUCAGACAAUUCAGUCACAGCUAUGAGGGCGAGAGUUAUCUCUGUGACACAAUAUCCACAAAGACAUUGUUUUACCUCAUCUCCACGCUGAAUGCUUCCUUCAACCCAGACUACGACUUCAGCAAUGCCAAGAGUGAUGAGUUCAGUCGGGAACCGAGUCCACAGUUUGUCGUGAACGGCAUUGACAGUCAGCUGUUUGCCUCUGCGGGAGACACAUUUGGUGCUCUAAAACCUCACUUAUGGGCAGCUAUUGAGGAGGAAAUAAACUUGCAGGACUGUGAUGUCUACAGCUACAACCCAGACCUAGCAUCCGAUCCAUAUGGAGAAGAGGGCUGUAUAUGGUCUUUCAAUUAUUUCUUCUACAACAGAAAGAUGAAGAGGAUUGUGUUCUUCACAUGUAGAGCUACCAGCGCCUCUGUUCCCUAUGGAGACUCUGGUAUUGGCACCGAUGUCAGCAUGGACUUGACAGAUGACACCAUGAUGACAGAGGAUGAUAUUGGGAUGUAAACAACGUCUGCAGAGCAUCUGUUUUGAAUUCUGUUGUCUUUUCAAGAACUUUUGCAUAAGCUUUGAAGUACUGUCGCUACUUCUCUGACAGCAUUAUUUGAUGCUUUGGGUAUAGACGGUUUGCCACUUUCUCUUUCCUUGAGUGCAUAUAAUACUCAACAUAGAAAACCGGAUUGAAGAUGAUUCGUCCACAUCCUGAGCGAUCCUUGGUGAUCUAAUAUUUUAUUUCCCUUUGUCUCACAAACAUUACUAUGUAUUGAACACGUUGAACCCAGAAUAUAUGUUUUAGGGUGGUUCACAACUAAAAUGAUUUUUUGUAACAGUUGCUAGUAAGAAAUAAUGGUUCUAGUUGUCAUGACAACAAUUGAUCAUGAUUAAUUAAUAUGUUACUUUUCAUUUUACUUUCAUUUACCUCUCACAACUGAUCUAUGCUUCCUUUUCUAUCAUUGUUUUAAUUUCAUUUAGUCUAUUUUUGAUUUAGUGUUUGAUCAUGUUGAUUUUCAAUUCAACCUUGUUCCUAAAGUAAGCUGUAUGUAUUUUAUGUUCGAUUGUUAAGAAAGUUGAAUCAUUCCAUCAUAAGUAUAGUGUAAUAUUAUAUAGGACCAUGACCUAGUCCACUGAAAUAUCAUAGAAUGAAAGUAUUGAUUUUAAACUUGUUAAAGGUUUAGCCAGAAUUUUGAACAAUUUGGGUUUAUCUUUACCAAUAAAAUCAGAGAAAAUGACUUUUUAAAUUAUGAUACAUGCCUUCUGUUAUAGAUUAGUUUUUUGUGUUAGUGUUACUUUCUGAAAAGGCUAUAGAAGGUAUUUCUAGUAUGUUUAGUUCUAUAUACCCAGUAUUUGUUCCCACUCAACAUUGAUCAAAGACAUCAGGAAGAGUAUUUGUACACAGGACCAUGUUUUGACGGAGGUUUGUGGGACAGAAUGGUGCACUAUCAUUACAGUGGCUAUUGGCUACCGAGUAGCAAGGCAGGAACUGAUGACCUGGCUUUUUCCAUGCUGAAAGAUGGGGACUAGACUUUCAAUAAGCAACUUGCUUUUGAUGUGCACAUUCGUGAAUGGAAAAGGAAAUAUGCAGCCAAGUUUGAUAUGUGGCAACAAAGGAUUUUCUUGCUGCUUAUCAAGUUUAUUGUUUGCAAAGCAAAUGUUGUGCGGUAGAUAUGUGUGUGUAUAACAAUUGCCAUCUUGAUUUUGCACCAUUGAAGAAAACAUUCAUCUUUGGUUAACCCACCUCUGCAAUGGUAGCUAAACAAAAAGGCAGCAUAUCUGUUGCAGUAUGUCCUAAUGGAGGACAGGUACAGACUGAUUUAACCAAGGGAGGUAACUGCAGUUGUGUUAGUGAAGAUUAUGAAAACCAGCAAAAAGAACAUUUUGUUCUAGAAAUCGCUCCGAAUCUUUGCAUUAGCAAAUAAGACAUACAUGUGAUUUUUUCUGGAGAGAUUGGAUAAUGUGAUCUCAAUGACAACGACAACAAUUGGUGACAACGGUGGAAAAUUCAUGCUUGCAGUUGGUCAUCAUUAAUUCGUGAUUACAGGAAAAUCAAAACAAAAUUCACACUGGAAAUAGGAGUUAUGAAAGGCUUG